AUGUCGAACGUCGAGGCGACGGAAUACGCGGCAUCGCUCGACUCGUACAGAGCCAUGCCCCACAACAAAAAUGAAAAGUGCUUCUAUUCAUCCGACAUGGCAGUCGCCUGGUACGACGACAAGCAUCCGUUGGAACUGGACGAUGUGGAGCUGGAAGUGACUAAGCAUGCGCGGAAACGAAAGACUAAGCUGGAAACAAUUGUGGUUGUGUUGAUCGUCUGUUUCAUAUUUAUCAUCUUGGGGACGGCAACUGCGGUCGGCCUUCUCUUCUGGAACGGACUACUCCAUUGUAAGUUCAACUUUGGCGGCCGUUUUACUGCAGACCUUUUACAACUUCCAACAUUUGCGGUUGUGACUGCGUGGUUGUGUCUCUUCUUCAAUACGUACCACGUAGGUGGCGUCAUUUUGAUACCAAACUUCAUGCAUGCAAUGGACAUUCAUUUCAAGGAAUCCAAUGUAGCAAAAUUGGGUUGA